AUGAGCCCUGAACAGAUAUCGUCCGAAGGUUUGCACAACGUUAGCAUACAGUUCAUACCUCCAGCAGUAGAAAGAGGACACGAUGUCAUGAUAUAUUGCAAUUACAAUUUAGACGGAGCUCCAAUGUUGUCGGUCAAAUGGUAUAGAGGAAGCCACGAAUUCUACAGGUACUCUCCCGGGAUGAUACCCAGAACGCAGACAUUCCCAUUUAACGGGCUUAAUGUCGACUUAUCUGUAUCAAAUGCCACACAAGUAUUUCUGCGCGAUGUUGGUUUCAAACUGUCUGGAAACUUGAGCUGUGAAGUAACAACUGACGGACCUUCAUUCAAAACUGCGACCGUCUCAAAAGAAAUCGUAGUUGUGGAACUACCAAAAUCAAAACCAUUAAUUGUGACGGAUAAAGACAAAUAUGAUCCAGGUGAUACUUUAAUAGCAAAUUGUACGUCACCAGCUUCUAAACCUGCAGCCAGUUUAACGUUCUCUUUAAAUAAUAUGCAAAUUGAUAGUCAAGAAACAAUAAAGGACUCAAUUUCAUAUUUCUUGCAAUCGAGCAGGUUAACAGUAGCUCUGAAAUUAGAUCAGAGCCAUUUUAAAGACGGCCGUAAGCUUUUACUACAGUGCACUGCUAUAAUAAAUAUUUUGUACAAUCAAACUUCGGAACUUUUGUUACCGAUAAAAUCAACAGAGCCAGUGCCUGAAAAAGUUACGUCCCCGAGUCUUGGAUGGCAGGUAACAUCUUCUAUCAACUGUUCAACGAUGAUCGCUGCUUCAGUCUUGUUAUGGAACGUGUUCAGAUAGUCUAAAUGUGGAACCCUAUAUAUAUAUUAUAUAUCUUAAGAAUCUUGUAUCUCACACUUUUGCAUGUAAAUAAAAGUUUAAGUUGUAAAAAAAAACACAUCGAAUACUACUGUGAGGUAGUAACAGGACAUUAACCACAUGACAGAAUUAAAAAAUGAUACGACCAGCGUGAUAUAUAUUUUUGAAAAAAUAGAGCCAAUUCGAUUGUGUGUUAAU